GGUCCCCAAGCCAGCAUGGCGGCCCUGCAGCUGCGACAAGGGCGCCCCGGCGUGCUGAGGACUCUGUGUCUAGGAGCGCAGGUGCUCCGAGCGCCGACUGCCACAGCUGCUCGCUCUGCGGAGUCGGGAAAGGCCGAGAAGGGGCAGCUGGCAGCCCCCAAGAAGCAAAGUCCACCCAAAAAGCCCGCCGCCCCGCCCCCGGAGCCCUUGGACAACACGCGGUACAGGAACCUGCAGCACCACGACUACACGGCCUUCACCUUCCUGGACCUGAACCUGGACCUCGCCAAGUUCAGGAUGCCCCAGCCCUCCUCGGACGCCUGUUCCUGCGCCACUGAGCCACCCCGGCUGUCAAAUAAACCCAUCCCUGUCUGGUAA